AUGACCAUCACCACGGCCACCGUAUACGUGGUGCUGUUGGCGGCGGCAGACCUCGCAGCUCUGGUGCUCAAGGUAAUCGCUCACCAGAUUGGUUAUCAUGAAGUGCCGAACAAUACCUUUCUGUGUAAAGGGGAUGUGUUUGUUCAGGUGGUCAGCUGCUACGCCAACUGGACCCUCGUCCUCAUCUGUUUUGAGAGGUUCCUAGCCGUGUGCUAUCCCUUGAAAAGAAAUGCUUACUUCACUACAAAGAAAGCCAUUGUCAUUGCCGUCUUACUCGGAGUGACCCUGUGUUUGUGUUUGCUGUAUGGAUUUAUUAACAUGGACAAGAUAGAUAGUGGACACUGUGACUACCCGGAGUACGCUAAGACCUACUGGUACUGGAUUACAGCCAUCAUUUACUUUUUUUUGCCCUUCAUCCUUCUCUCUAUCUUCACCGGCCUCAUCAUCGUCAGCCUCAGGCGGCAGAGAAAGGCGCGCGAGGCCAUCAGCGCGGCAACUCAAACCAUGACAAGCCAAGCUCGAAUGGAACAGACCAUGUGCAUCAUGAUGGUGUGCGCCGCAAUCGUCUUUCUGAUACUCACCUUGCCCACCUGCAUCUAUCACCUCAUUGAACCAUGGGUCAACAUCGAUGAAGACAAUGUACAACAAAGAAGUAAAAACUAUUACGCCUUUUGUGUCUGA